AUGUCACCAUAUCAACAUGUAUAUGGGAAGACUUUUCACUUGCCGGUUGAGUUAGAGAAUAAGGUCGUGUUGGCAAUGAAGAAACUUAAAAUGGAUUGGAAUGAAGCAGAAGAACAGAGAUUAAAUGGGUUGAAUGAGUUUGAUGAGUUCCCCUUGAAGUCAUAUGAAAGUUUAGCCCUCUACAAAGAAAAGAUGAAGAAGUACCAUGACCAAAAGAUUAAAAGGCGCGAAUUUGAGGUUGGGGAUUUGGUGCUUUUGUUCAACUCUAGGUUGCGCUUGUUUUCGGGCAAAAUCAAGUACAAAUGGACUGGUCCAUUCUUGAUCACUCACGUGUUCCCUCAUGGUGUAGUUGAGUUAUAUAACAAGAAGGGUGCAAGGUUCAAGGUAAAUGGCAAAGAAUCAAAAUCUACCUCGGGCAUGCGUAAAAUGCGAAUGAAGUGGUUGAGGCAGACCAUCUUGAUGAAGUCUGGGUAA